AUGGAUCGUCAAGUGAUAGGAAGGAGCCGUGGGAGACCCACUAGACAACACCCGGAAGCGGGUGGUGAUAGGGAACCCGAGGUCAAUCAAGACCAAGGGCAAGAAGGUGUGGCCGGAGACCAAGUGGCCACCGCAAUCAAUCGUAUCACUGAUGUCUUAGAGCGCUUGACUGAACACCAAGCCUCUGGACCAGUGCAUCACCAAGGAGGUCCAGCCGAUUCCGAUGAUCGGGCACUGGAGAGGUUUCUGAAGUUCGGACCUCCCAAAUUUUAUGGAGGACCUGAACCGGAGGUAGCUGAAGGAUGGUGGGAGAGAAUCUCCGAUAUCUUUGCAGCUUUAAACUAUACGGAAGAGCGACAAGUAACUUUUGCCGCAUUCCAGUUUGAGGGAGCCGCUCGCUCCUGGUGGAACCUGGAAGGUUUAGCUGCCGUGAGGAUAGACACUUUCGCAGAUGCCGUCGAGAGAGCCCAGAGAGUUGAAGUAGCUAGAGCCCAAGUGAAAUCUUUUCAGGCCAAGAAAAGAUUUGCUCCUAGCAGUAGUCGGGAGCCGGCAUCUGGAAAUGCUCCACCGGCCAAAAUGGGCCGAGGAACCAGUGGAGUGACUAGUCCUGGAGCACCACGAGGCGCUCAAGCAAGAGGAAUCGGGGCAAGGAAUGCCGGGGGAAGAAAUAAUGGAGCUAGAGGAGGAUCGAAUGGAAGGGGACAACCUAAGAAUACCUCACUAGGAGGCCGAGCAAUAAUUCCCCAAAUGACUUGUGCCUACUGCAAGAAACCUGGUCAUACUAUGGAUGGCUGCUGGAAGAAGCAAGGAAGGUGCUUGAGAUGUGGUAGUAGCGAGCACCAAAUUUCAGGAUGUCCAAAAAUGCAGGAAGGGACUACCCCAAACGCUAGACCAAACACUUCUGGAGGAAGCCGGCCGACAGUUCCUGCUAGAGUGUAUGCUAUAGAUGACCAACCCGUACCUGAUUCCUCGGAAGUUGUGGAAGGUACACUCCCGAUUUUUCACCGAUUAGCUAAAGUGUUAAUUGACCCUGGUGCAACCCAUUCAUUCGUAAAUCCAUCUUUUAUGUCUGGAAUAGAUGUGAAACCUGUUAGAUUACCCUUCGAUCUUGAAGUUAGGACACCUAUGGGUAAUAAGAAUGUAAUCACUAGCUUGGCUUAUAAGAAUUGUGAAUUCUGGAUUGGAGAGCGUAAGAUGCUAGUGGAUCUGAUCAGUCUGGACAUAAAAGGUUACGAUGUUAUAAUAGGAAUGGAUUUUCUAGGCCAUUAUCAUGCUAAACUUGACUGCCGAGUAAAAGUGGUGGAAUUUUGUAUACCUGGAGAAGCAAUCCUGAGGUUAGAUGUUAAGGGUAGGUUAGCAUCAUCUGCUAUGAUCUCAGGAAUUCGGGCAAGGAAAAUGUUGUCUAAAGGAGCGCAAGGUUUCUUAGCCUUCUUGAUUAACGCUCCCAGUGAUCAAGUGAAGUUGGAGGAUGUACCAGUGGUACGGGAAUUUCCGGACGUUUUUCCCGAAGAGCUAAAGACUCUACCGCCGGAAAGAGAAGUGGAAUUUAAGAUUGACUUGAUGCCUGGAACGGCUCCAAUUUCUAAGACCCCGUAUCGAAUGGCUCCUGCCGAGCUAAAAGAAUUGAAAAUUCAAUUACAGGACCUGUUGGAGAAAGGUUUUGUGAAGGAGAGCGAUUCACCAUGGGGAGCACCCGUCCUAUUCGUUAAGAAAAAGGAUGGAAGCUUGAGGUUAUGUAUCGAUUACCGAGGGUUAAAUGAGGUUACAAUUAAGAAUAAAUACCCUCUACCGUUGAUUGAUAGCUUGUUCGACCAACUGCAAGGAUCAGUGGUCUUCUCUAAGUUGGAUUUAAGGCAAGGGUACUAUCAGUUGAAGAUUAAGAGGGAAGAUAUACCCAAGACUGCUUUUAGUACAAGAUAUGGACAUUUUGAGUUCGCAGUCAUGCCUUUUGGACUAACCAACGCACCAGCUGCUUUCAUGGACCUGAUGCAGAGAAUUUUUAAGAAGUAUCUGGACCAGUUUGUAGUGGUUUUCAUAGAUGAUAUCCUGAUUUACUCCAAGACUAGAGAGGAGCAUGCUAAACACUUAGAGGUGGUUUUGCAGAUACUAAGAGAACAUAAGCUGUAUGCCAAAUUCAGUAAGUGUGAGUUUUGGCUGACUGAAAUAUCUUUUCUAGGGCACAGAGUUUCUGAAGAUGGAAUUGCCGUGGAUCCGGCAAAAGUUGAGGCCGUUAUGAAUUGGAAACAGCCAGAGACUCCAAUUGAAGUUAGAAGUUUCUUGGGUUUAGCAGGUUAUUAUAGGCGGUUUAUCCAGGAUUUCUCGAAAAUUGCAGGACCUAUGACUGAGCUAACCAAGAAAGGGACUAAGUUUAUUUGGACUCCGAAGUGCGAGUCAAGUUUUCAGGAACAAAAGAAGCGUUUAACAUCCGCUCCUGUUUUGGUAUUACCUGAUGGAGGAGAAGGUUAUGCCGUAUACUCUGAUGCUUCUAAAAAAGGUCUAGGAUGUGUCCUAAUGCAAAUGGGUAAGGUAGUUGCCUAUGCUUCUUGGAGAUUGAAACCCCACGAACAAAACUACCCAACUCAUGACCUAGAACUAGCUGCAGUAAUUUUCGCCUUGAAGAAAUGGAGACACUACUUGUAUGGCGUGACUUUUGAGGUUUAUACGGACCAUAAGAGCCUCAAGUACUUGUUCUCCCAAAAGGAGCUAAAUUUG